AUGGAUCCAGACACUCCGCCUCCCGAGCCCUCCCCCUCCGCUCUCAACUACAUCCUUAGCUUCUUGCUGGUUGGGAUCGCAUGGGGCUUCACCACACCCUUCAUCCGCCGCGCCGCCGUGGAGUUCCGCGCCCGGAACAAGCCCAACCAUCAGGACCAGCCCGAGGAGAAUAGCGCGCGCCGGUUGCCGCGGAGCUCAUGGGCGAAGCGGAAACUUACAGGGUUCUUUUGGACCGUGGUGAAUCUGCUACGGACGCCACAGUAUGCCGUCCCGCUCCUAUUGAAUCUAUCUGGGAGCGUGUGGUUUUUCCUCCUCGUCGGAAAGCACGAACUAAGCCUAACCGUCCCGAUUACCAAUUCCAUGGCCUUUCUAUUCACGGUGCUGGGGGAGUGGUAUGUCGAGGGCAAGGUCAUUUCGAAGCAAACUUGGCUGGGGAUGUCCCUGGUCCUCAGCGGGAUUGCAUUCUAUUUCAAAGAUAUAUAUAUUCCGGGGCUCGAUAUUGCCGUUUACGAAACCCUCGACUUCGGUGCCCUCAUUUUCCGUCGGUUCUUUGUCGCCGCUUCGACGCAAGACGCUGGGGCCAUUGCCUUUGUCCCGUCCGGUCGAGUGGCGGGGGAAUUCGCCGGAAGGAAUUCUCGUCGACUCGAAGCCAAUAUUGCGCGGCUCCCAAACGAAUGCAUGCGUCACCGCCAUCAGUCCUUCGGGACUCGAGAUCGGGAAGGGGGCAUGCGCCUCAUGCAUUUGGCCGAACUCGCCACGUUAGUUCCCUUCCAGCCGCCCGUCUUCGCUCCGUCGAAGUCCACCAUGCCGGUCGUUGUCCCUCCCGUCGGUGAGAAUGUCGUCGACAAAACUCCCGAUCCGUCUGAUACAUCAACUCAGAUGCUCCUCCACGCAGAUGCUGAAACCACCAGCGGCACUAUGGAGAAUUUCAACAUGAUCACAAGCAAAAAGAGAUUGUAUCUUGGGUGA